UUUUUUUAUAAAGCACAACUGUUACUCCCUCGGACUGACUGUUGUUGCUUGUCCUUGUUUUGUAUACCAAGCAAGGUCCAGGUAGCAUCUCUGUCCCAGGCAGAAGAGGGACAUAUUAAAAUUAAUUGAUUAAUCAACAAGCAAGCAAGUGGCUACUAUCCGAAAAGAGAACAACCACAGCAAAAUGCCGACCAGGGAAGAAGAGAAGAAAGAGGGGCCCGAUGGCAGUAAUACUAAUACUAAUGCUGUCACUACACUGCAUCAUCACGUCUACGUUCGAUCCGAAGAUCACGGGUGGGUCCCCGGACGAGUGAUUCGCAUCCACAAGGAGGAAGCCGAGGUGGAAAUUGACAAGUUUGAAGAUGAACAGGCCAUGUUGUCUUGUACGACGAGUGCUGCCGAUGGCGACGCUAGUGGUAAUAAAAAAGAGACCUAUUCCGUGGAUUUGCAAUCGUACACGGGAGGUGUCUUGCCACUCCAAAACACGGACGAUCGUGGCCUGUUGAUGGAUUACGAAGACAUGGUGGAUAUGCCCUAUUUGCACGAGGCAUCCAUUCUGUACAAUUUGAAACAGCGCCAUUUGGAGGAAAAGCCUUACACUCGCUCGGGAGAUGUUGUUAUUGCCAUCAAUCCCUAUCAGUGGUAUCACCACCUCUAUCAACCAGAUCAGCAAUUCUACUAUGCCAACAAACUACUCUGGGACGAUUAUUCCAAAAACAGGAUUGUCAUUGUCACUCCACAAUUGGAUAUACCCGGACAACCAUCGUCCGCCGAAGAAGCCCAUCCCGAACAUCCCGCUGCCACACCCAAAGAGAUUCCUCCACAUGUCUAUGAAACUUCCACAUUGGCAUACAAGGGAAUGGCACUCUGGGGACAACCACAAUCCAUUUUGGUAUCGGGAGAAUCGGGAGCUGGCAAGACGGAAACGGUCAAAAUUUGCAUGCAUCACAUUGCCGAAUUGCAGCAUGGACCUUACGGUGGCAACAAUAACAAUGAUGGCACAAAAAUUGUCGUACAGCGCGUGUUGGAUUCCAAUCCACUGCUGGAAGCCUUUGGGAAUGCUCAAACCAAUCGAAAUGACAAUUCCAGUCGUUUUGGCAAGUACACGCAACUCCAGUUUGAUCGACAACAACAAGCAUCAUCAACACCAUUCGACGAUCAACAAAUGACACCGGCCAAAUUGGCGGGAAGUAUCAGUGAAGUCUACCUGUUGGAAAAGAACCGUGUGGUGCACCACGAUCGCAAGAAUGAGCGGACCUUUCACAUCUUUUACGAGCUCUUGGCCGCACCGGGCAAUCAUCAAACUGCCAUUUGGGAGGAAGGCUUAAAGGGUAGCACGCUCGACUCGUUUCGAUAUGUGGGCAUGACGACGACGCAAAAAAUUGAAGGAGUGUCGGACCGGAAUCGAUUCCUCAAAACCGUCAAAGCACUGGAAGUGGUGGGGAUUGCCGGGGAUUUGCGACACGACUUGUUCCGAUCGCUCUGUGUUGUACUGCAGCUGGGGAAUCUCAUUUUUGCACCGGAUCCCACGGAUGACGACAAGUCUGUUAUCGCCUCGGAAGAAGAGCUGGAAAAGUUGGCGGCACUCAUGGGAGAAGGACAAGAUGUCUUGCGCAAGGCAUUGACGGAGCGAACCAUGACCACCAACAAUGAAGUGUACAAGGUCCCACUCAAUGCCGUUGUGGCCAAAGAGUCCUGUGAUGCACUCGCCAAGGACAUUUACGAAAAGGUGUUUUUGUGGUUGGUCCGGACCAUCAAUAUUGCCACAUCGGCGGAACGGAAUUAUCAGCCAAACAACAGUAAUAACAAACGACGCGGCAGUGUUGGAAAGAAGACUAAGGGUCCCAAGUAUGGCGUCAUUGGCUUGUUGGAUAUCUUUGGAUUUGAGGCAUUCCGAGUCAAUCGCUUUGAGCAGCUUUGUAUCAACUAUGCCAACGAAAAACUCCAGUACAAAUUCACAGAAGACUGCUUCCGGUUGGUGGAGGCAGAAUACAAAGAAGAGGGCGUUCCUCUGGACAACAUCACUUACUAUGACAACACGGAUGUGCUGGACUUGAUUGAAGGCAAGACGGGUCUGCUAGCCAUGCUGAAUGAAGAGUGCUGGAGGCCUCAAGGGAAUGCGGCUACCUUUGUCAACAAGGCAUUGCAUCAGAAUGCCAAAUCAUCCUGUUUGAUUGUCAACACAAUGGAUCGAAUCAGCUUUGGUGUCCAUCACUAUGCAGGAAAAGUGCUCUAUGAUGCCGACAACUUUGUGAGGAGGAAUCAGGAUGGUCUUGCGUCGGACCUCAAGGAAUGUGCUCUCCGGUCUACAAAUCCCAUUAUUGCGGGUGAAUACGCGGCUGCCACGGAGGAGGCAAAGGCAGAAGAACAAGCUGCUGGGCGGUCAACAAACUCCAACUUGAUGGCGAAAACUGUAUGGACCAAGUACAAGACACAGCUUUCCAAGCUCAUGGCAGAUCUCAAAGAAACUGAGUCUCGCUACGUUCGGUGCAUCAAACCAAACGAGCUAAAGGCGCCUCUUCUCUUGGAGCACAGGUUGACCAUCAAUCAGCUCCGAUCCUGUGGUAUUGUUUCCAGUGUCACGAUAUCGCGUUCAGCAUUCCCCAACAGGAUGCUCAACAAGCACGUACUUACGCGUUUCGGUGGCAUUUGGCAUCGAAAGAAGAAAGGGGAGAAAACAGUCCAGACUGCAAGCAGUUUGGACAAGCUGUGGAAAGCCGAAGCUGAAGCUCUCUUGUCGUAUGCUCUCAUGGCAAAACGUUUCAAAGACCCCACUAGCGGAAAGCCGCGUGCAGGAUUUGUCGUCGGAAAGACAAAAGCCUUCUUCCGAGAAGGGGCUCUCGAGUAUCUCGAGGCUGAACGCAUGAAAGGAUUGGAUCGACAGGCCGCAAAGAUUCAACGCGCCUACCGCGCCUUCCUGGAGCACAAGGAUGAAAUCCGUGCUGCUGCAGCCCUUCGUCGGCGAAGAGAAUGGCAUCAGAGAAAGUACAGAGAACGGCGUGAAAAAAGAAAAGCCGAGGAAGGAAAAUGGAAAGCGGCCCUUGCACAAAGCGAAGAAGAGUUCGAAGCACACUUGGCAGCCGAUUGGCAGAAGUUUAGUGAAACGAUGGCAGAGGAGGAUAGACUGUUCAAGGAAAAUCUGGAAAGAGAAGAAAUUGCGAGACAAGCUCAAGCGGAUGCCGACAACCAGCAAUGGAAAGAAAAGAUGGAACGCGAAGAACAGGAGUGGAAAUCCCGUAUGGAAGAAGCAGCAAAAGCGCGCUCUGCGCCCGAUGGAGACGAUUUGGCCAAAGUCGAAGCAGAGAUUGCCGCCUUGAAGAAGCGGCUGCAAGAAGUUGAUCUGGAGGCUGGCGAAAAAGUCAAGGAAUCAACUGAGCACCUCAAAGAAGCCAGGUCGGAGAAGACCAAGCUGGACUUCAAGAUUGAUGUUGACGCAACACAAGAAGAAAGAGACCUCAAGCGUGAGUGUAUAUUUGCCAAAGCCAUUCUAGAGGAACGGGAAAACUUCAUUGAACAGCUGAAACGCGAGCAAAAGAGACUGGGGAAGAUGUUUGACAGAACCAAAGCGAAGAAGGCGGCGACAGAAGAGAGCAACAAGACACUGACGGAACAGUGCAAGACGACCAGCGUCAAGUUUGAGAGGUCAAGGCGACAAAGCAUCACUCUGGGACAAGGCAUUGAAUCCAAGCAGGACGUGUACAAAGCUGUGAAAGAGAGAAACCAAGAACUUCACGCGUUGACUUCGAAGCAAGACGAAGCGUAUUCGCUGCUCGCAGAAUCGAAACUGGAACUGCAGCAUACCAUGGCCGCGAUCCUGGAGAUUGUCCAGAACGAGUGCAAGGAUGAGGAGCUUCGUUCCGCUGUCAUGCGCAUCAAUGUCAAGACUUCGAGGGACGCAUACAAACAAAUGAAGUUGGUGCAACAGAUGCAACAAGAGGCCAUGAAGAACAGGAAGGACUUUUCCGUGUCGGAUCUCGACCAAUCUUGGGCUGUACACUAGACGAGACGAGUUCGACUGCUGGCUAGCAGGGGAAAGGAAGCCCUUACGGAAAGAUCGGGAAUAUCUCUCGAUGGCUGUAGAGAUAACAUUGUCUUUACGUAGGUUAAUUUAUGUAGGUUAAGUUACUGUUCC